AUGGAGUCGACAUCGCCGUUCUAUUCGCUUGUUCCGGAGGCCAAGUACUCUCCGCCAUGGCAGGACUUGAGCAUCAUCGGUAUUGCUGGGAGCUCCGGCUCUGGCAAGACUUCAGUGGCUAUGGAGAUUGUCAAGUCGCUGAAUCUGCCCUGGGUGGUGAUUUUGGUCAUGGAUUCGUUCUACAAGACCUUGACUCCCGAGGAGCAUGCCAAGGCCCAUGCCAAUGAAUAUGACUUUGACUGCCCGGAGUCGAUUGAUUUUGACCUCCUGGUAGAUACUCUCAAAGAUCUGAAGCAAGGCAAGAAGGCGCAUAUUCCCGUCUACUCGUUUGCCGACCACCAACGGCAAACCCAGACGACCACCUUAUAUUCUCCCCGAGUGCUCAUCCUCGAGGGUAUUUUGGCCCUUCACGACCCGAGAAUCUUGAAUCUACUCGAUGUCAAGAUUUUCGUAGAGGCCGACAUGGAUGUCUGCUUGGGACGCAGAGUCCUUCGCGACGUCCGCGAGCGUGGUCGAGACAUUGAAGGCAUUAUCAAACAAUGGUUCGCCUUUGUGAAGCCCUCUUUCACCAGAUUUGUGGAACCUCAGCGACCGAUAUCUGAUAUUAUCAUUCCUCGUGGUAUUGAAAACACGACCGCUAUUGACAUGGUCGUGAAGCAUAUUCAGCGUAAGCUCCAGGACAAGUCGGAGAAGCAUACUGAGGCUCUCCGGAAGCUUGGCCUCUUGGCUGCCAAGGUCGAAUUGCCGGCCAACGUGCAUGUCAUGCCCACCACCCCGCAAUUCGUGGGCAUGAACACCGUUCUGCAAGACCCAGCGACGGAACAUGUCGAUUUUGUCUUCUACUUUGAUCGACUUGCCUCGAUCCUUAUUGAGAAAGCCCUGGAUAUGACAACGUAUGUCCAGGCCACAGUGGAGACACCACACGGUAAUAAGUACAUGGGCGUGAACCCCAAAGGUUCUGUCUCUGCAGUUGCCAUCUUACGUGGAGGUUCUUGCCUGGAGACUGCUCUGAAGCGGACCAUCCCAGAUUGCAUUACUGGCCGUCUCCUGAUCCAGACCGACGAAAGCAGCUCCGAGCCAGAGCUGCAUUACCUCAAGCUUCCUCUCCAGCUGGAGGAGCAUUCUAUGGUUAUGCUCUUGGAUCCACAGAUGGCCAGUGGAGGAGCUGCCCUGAUGGCUGUCCGUGUCUUGGUUGACCAUGGCGUGUCAGAAGAAAGGAUUGUCUUCGUGACGUGUGCUGCUGGUGAAACUGGUAUCAAGCGUCUGGUUGCAGUCUUCCCUAAGAUCAACGUCAUUGUUGGUCGUAUUGAGGCGGAUGGUGAGCCACGCUGGAUGGAGAAGCGUUACUUUGGAUGUUAG